CGCCAGGGGAGCCGAGACCCUGGGCGCGGAGAGCGCGGGAGCGGAGCGGCCGCCCGAGCCGGGGCCAAGGGCCGAGCUGUCGAUUGGCCAACGGCUCCUUUCAACCCUGCCUCGUUGGUGGCCACUGGAGAAGCGCGGGGGGCUCCCCAGACAGCCGUGGGGACAAGUUAGAGCCAGCACUUUACCCCGGGCCUCGCGUGUAGCUUCCCCUCCCCUGCUCUAGGUGCCCCGGUGUCUGGAGUGGGUUGCGGGGGUGUGCCCUCCUUACAUGUUCCACCACCUGGGCAACCCUCUGGGCUCGUGUUCCAUCUUGCUCUUGCUUCCUGCACAGUGGUCAAGGGGAACCACUUUGCAUCAUGUCCCGGUAUAGCUACCAAAGUCUCCUGGACUGGCUCUAUGGGGGCGUCGACCCCAGUUUUGCAGGCAAUGGGGGCCCCGACUGUGCUGCCUUCCUCUCUUGGCAGCAGCGGCUGCUGGAAAGUGUGGUGGUCCUGACCCUGGCCCUGUUGGAGAUCCUGGUGGCCCUGCGGCACAUCCUGAGGCAAACGGAGGAGGACGGUAGGGGUGGCCGUGGCAGCCAGCCAGAGCAGGUGACCCAGCGGCCAGAGGAAGGCAAGGAGAGCCUGAGCAAGAAUCUGCUCUUAGUAGUCCUGUGCCUGACCUUCGGGGUGGAGGUGGGCUUUAAGUUCGCCACCAAGACCGUCAUCUACCUGCUCAACCCCUGUCACCUGGUCACCAUGAUGCAUAUCUUUCUCUUGGCCUGCCCUCCAUGUCCAGGAGCUGUCGUCGUCUUCAAGCUGCAGAUGCACAUGUUGAAUGGAGCUCUUCUGGCAUUGCUGUUUCCUGUGGUAAAUACCCGCCUGCUGCCCUUUGAAUUGGAGAUUUACUACAUUCAGCAUGUUCUGCUCUACGUGGUGCCCAUCUACCUGCUUUGGAAAGGAGGUGCUUACACCCCAGAGCCCCUCAGCAGUUUCCGGUGGGCUCUUCUCUCAACUGGCCUCAUGUUCUUUUAUCACUUCAGCAUCUUGCAGAUCCUCGGCCUGGUCACCGAAGUGAAUUUGAACAACAUGCUGUGUCCGGCCAUCUCAGACCCAUUCUACGGCCCCUGGUAUCGCAUCUGGGCCUCGGGACACCAGACUCUCAUGACCAUGACCCACGGGAAGCUGGUCAUCCUGUUCUCAUACGUGGCUGGGCCCUUGUGUAAAUAUCUGCUGGAUUGGCUCCGGCUUCCAGCCAAGAAAAUAGACUGAAGGUGCUUGUUUUUUUUUUUCCCCCCCCUGAGGAAGCAGGUCCUGACUUGACUUGGAGAACACCCAGUUCUUGAUGGAAUCAUGGGAGAGGGCAGUAGGCUGUUUGGUGUAUUUCGUUUAUCCUCCUCUCUGUCCCUUUCUUCCACCCCUCUUCCUUCCCCAGCUCUUCUCCCCAGGGUGUCUCCUCGAGCUUGGGGUGUAGUGCUGGGGGCUGGAUUUUUCCUCCUUCCCUUUUGCUCUUUCUUCGUGCUCCUAGUGGCCUUACAUGGGGAGAUGGUAGUUGAUGGCUCUUUUAUUCUGCUUGUUGGUGCUUUAACAACAGCUGGUUGAGGAGAAAGGGAAUGGCAAGCAGUAGUUCUUUCGGCAUUGAAGCAGUGAGCUUGGGAUGUGUUUCAUUUCUCCACUGCCAGGGACCUCCAGGCUUAGGCUGGGAUCCCCUGUCAUCUCCAGCACACCCCCUCCCUAAGGGGACUGAGGCCUUGUUUCUAUACCAGCAGCAAGCCCAAAGCUGAGGGAUUUCCAAACUUGUGGCCCCAAUAGAACUGACCAGAUUCUUCCCACCGGUGUCCCAUGACUCAGAGCAAGCAGCCAACUGGCCACUCCCUCUAGGAUGCUGCCCAAGGGGGAGGUGGGAGCGCUAACCAGUCUGGGGGCUAGAUUCCAUUGAAGGGGUCGGAGAGCUAGUGUGAUGGCAAAUGCAGAGCCAAGAGGGUUAGGAGGCACACAGUGCUAGGCAGGACCCUCUGUGCUUUCUGCCCAUGAGAUCUGAGAACUGACUGAUCCAUCAAUCAGAAGUAAGCCCAGAAAUUAACCAACAGAAGUGGUAACUUGAGCAAACUGUGAUUUGAAUCGUACACUCCAUUUUAGUUUAAUGUUGAUAACAGAUACCAUUUUAAUUUUGAGUACCCCUUGAACGGGUUCUCAUUCUGUCUCUCUCUCACCUCCCUCCUCAAAGGCACCUUCAGGAAAGAAUGAGCUGGAGUUGGAUUGUUUGUUUGUUUUUGGAUGUUUGACUUUGGAGAAUCUUUGUAUCAAGGCUCAUUUCUGGAAAGGCUCUUAUAGAUCCAUUUCUUGGUUUUACAGUGUAUGGAAGCAUCCUGGGUUUGGGAGGAUACAUCUCCUGCCAGCUUUGGUUUCCCUAGGGCUAGAUUACUUCAGUGCAGCCAGACUCAGUGCUAAAUUUUUAAAUGUGGUGGGGGCGGGGGGGGGGGCAGAAGUCACACACUCCUCACCCUGCCCAUCCCCAAAGCCCAUGUCUAGGUUGAAAGGGAGCAGCCAAGGAAUCAGGUCCCCAUGGGUGGAAGUCCAAGGCCCCGAAAGGACAAGCUCUGCUUGAAAGACUUGAGCUCAGUCACACAUGGACCUCAAGAAGGGAAGCCAUGGCUGGGCAUUUGCUGACUCCUUGUGGACUCCUACUAGGGACAGAUUUGCUUAAGAACAGAAAAGAUCAUUCAGUGACUUCCUCUGAUGAGCUUCCCCUCCCUUCUCCCACUCGAGGCAAUCCAGUUGCCCUGGGCCAGUUCCAGUAUUUCAGGUUUGACCGUAUUGGACCUAGAUUGAGCUUCAGGUGACUUGGUGGUCAUGAUGUUAGUGGAUGCACUUACAAGGGGCAGCAGAAUGCAGGAGAGUCUCUUUGAGUUAGCUGAGACCCAGGGAAGCAAUCCUGGGAGUGCCUGUCCUUCCACAGAGGCCUGCUGGCAUUGAGGCGACCAGUCGCCAGGGCAUGGGGAGUAGGAGGGGAGAUCAGCGAGUGCUGUUCUUUCCCCUGAACUCCUUGUGAUGUGUCACCUUUGUUUUCUGCCAUCUUUGAGGGCUGGGCCAAGCUUUUCUUAGUGCCUCUCCCUCCAGGGUUGCCUUGCAGAAGAGGCACCUCCUGAGUGGCUGGAUUUGCCCUGGCUGCCAUCAACCUGCUGCAUGUCAGAAUGGCUGGUGAGGAAAUGGGCAAGGCCUCAGUGCCCCUUGGCUUCUUUAUAAGAGGAGAGGUUGGGAGGAGCCCCUGGGGGCCUGCCUGGCCUAUUCCCUACAGGAAUGUGGAGUUGCUGCAGGCAGAGGAUCUAUGCCUCAGUGGGGGACCAGCUCUGGAAUGCCACAGUAGUGUGACUGCGUAGGCCCUCCCUUCCUCCCUGUCUCUGUGGCAUGGCACAGGCUGCCAGUCGACUCAAGAUUUCUUUACAUUGGCACACCUCCAAAAGCUUGCCUUUGUCCUGGCUACAGCUCAGCACCCCGUUCUGGCGGGUACUUUGUGGUGCUCAGAAGGAGAAAAGAAGGUGAAAGCCAUGUGCGUGGCCUGGCCAGAGACAGAUACGCCUGUUAGGGGAAGGGUGACGUGAAGGGGAGAUGCAAGGCUUCUGGGGGCCAGAUUGGCUCCAAAACAUGUACAGAUAGUAGACCCAGUGCACAGGCUCCACGGGGAGUCAUGGUCCAUAUUUGGGGUGUUAGGGAGCAGCAGGCAUCUGAAAUGGUCUGGGCCCAGGUGGAGAGAGGUAACCUGGCCACAGCCACGGCAGCCCACCUCGGGGUGGCCCCCAUGCCUGCCCAGCAGCCAACCUGCUUCUGCCCCAGCUUUGGUGCUGGCAAAAGGGAGAAGUUGCAGUUUGCACACCCAGUGACCAUUGGGCCUGGCUUCCCAGCUCCUCCUCAGGGCUUUCCUGUCGGUGCCAAGGCAGUUCCCCAGUCACGCCAGCCAAGUUUCCAUAUGCUGUCUGCCAGCUUGUGGGAGCUCCGUGCGUGUGGGAGAGAAUGUUUGUAGAAGUGGACGCUUUCCUUUAAAACAGCCCCAGGUGGGGAAAAGAGUGCUUCCUCAACUUCCCAGGUUGCCUUGGCCAAGGAUCUGGGCCAAUGAGAGCAGCCUGUUGAGCUGGCCAACUUGUGGCAUCCGCCCUGAAGAGCAGAGACAGUCAUACCUGCUUAUGGUCCUCCCUGCCCCCAGCAUUUGGCUUUGUAUACCAAAGACGAUCUGGCCCAUCUUCCUCCCAGAGGCACAGAGACCGGUUUCUCUGUCUGCUGGUGAGGGCAUUGCAGGGUUCGGAAGCCACAGACUCAGUGUCCCUGAGUCAGCAUUGUCUCUUUCUCCCCAGACUUCAUAGCAUUCACAGAAGCUGCUUGCAAGGUCGUCAGGCUCACCGGGGCGACCGGCACACUUUACCGUGCAGUACCUCAUCCAGCUGUCAGAUCAUCCUUUUGCCGUAGCCUUUGUUAGGGUUUGGAUACUCAUGAUCAUUGAUGACUGAGUGUUUUGUGAAGUGGGCGCAGCUCCGCACGGAUAGCAAGUUGUCAGCAGGUGCACUGGUGUCGGGGCCAGGCGGUGCCCUAGGGGCAGCAGAAGGGCCCUUUCUCCCCCUCCCUCUGCCAGAAAGACUUCCCUGGAUUUGUAGGUGUUGACCCACAGUCAUCUGUCCUCUUCAGAAGAGGAUUUUCUUCAUGGUUUCUACUGAAGGGGAGCUAGGGGAGAAGAAUACAGGGUCACGUUUGACACUGUAGGACAAGACACUGGUGCUGGUUCUGGUCAAUGAGGAGCAGGCAUCCAGGAGGGCUCCCCAUAGGCCGUAGCAGGCUCCUUGGCAAGGCCCUGGACUGGGAAGGGGCCUCCCCCACCGGCCGCUCUGCCUGUCAGAAGCGGGCAGAGUCCGUGAGAGGGAGCGCGCCUUCCCCUUGUGUAUAUAGAGUGAGCUCAUUUGUGCUCAGGAAAACCGAGUCGCUUGUUGUUGCUCUUGUCUGUGACAUUCUUGUACACUGGUUUGCUACUCAUGGCACGAAACAGACAAAACCCCACGAAAAACAAAAAACAAGUCAUUUUAAACAAAGCUGUUGUUUGGACAAUUCUUGCUUUCUUUGGGUGUCGAUUUUGUGUUUCUUUUUUAAGAAUUCUUCAUUUAUAUCGGUGUUAGGGUAGAGAAGAGAAAACGAUAGGCUGAUCUCUAAUCACUUCUGCCAGGAAAUUGGCAAUGCCUCUGCCCCUCUUACCCCACCCCUGUCCUUCCUGGUUCCCAAGCUGGACAGACCCCCCUCCCCACGGUGGCUCUCUUUAGAACCAGUCUGUCAGCCCCUAAACAGCAGCAGGGUGAGUGUUCCCAUCAGGCUGGUUCUUGGGUGCUGUGUCCCUGCCAGUUUGCUCACCUCUUGGGGCGUUUUGUAAUGUGUUUUCUCUGUUUUGUAAAACCUUUUGAUUGUACCAAAAUGGUUUCUGCAGUCACCUUUGGAAAUAAAUGGUCAUUACUUUGUGUAGGUAGCAUUCUGAAUUUUAGUCUCAGGUGUUUCUGUUAUUGAAGAUCCCUGAAUGAAAAGAAACUCUCACCAUGGGACUUAAUGUUACAGUAUUUUCCUCAUUUACUGGUAUUAAAGGAUUUAUGAGAA